GCGUCUCAAUUUCGCUCACACAGUUCAUUUUUUUUUUUCUCUUCCAUUAUCCUUUUUCUGCAUAAACCCCAAACUUAGAGAAUCCGAGAGAGAGAGGUUAUACUCCAUUACUGGGGCUUUAAUGAAGUUCUUUUGAACAGUCUCUCUCUCUUCGAUUCGCAUUUGAAGGGACACGACUCUGAUUUUGAAUUUGAAGUUCUUUCAAUCAAAUAGGUAGAGAAACCUAACAGGAUUCUUGAAUAAGAAGACGAUAAUGGCUGGAUCAGACGAGAAUAACCCGGGUGUGAUCGGACCCGUUAAUGUUCAAGGGGGUUUACGUGCCGGAGUUGGGAAGUUCACUGCGGCGACCGGAAACAACCGCAGGGCGUUGAGCAACAUCAAUAGGAACGUUAUUGGAGCUCCACCUUACCCUUGUGCAUCCAGCAAAAGAGGCUUAUCAGAGAAACAGACAAUCUGUGGCAAGAACCCUCCAAUUCCAGUGCAUCGACCAAUUACCAGGAAGUUUGCUGCCCAGUUAGCUAACAAGCAGCCAGAGGAAACCAAGAAACAAGCAACAGCUAUUUCUGUCCCAAUUUCAAGUGAGUCGGAGGAUUGUAACAUAAUAGAUGCAGAGGACUAUAAGGCGUCUGAUGAUUUCUCUGCGCCCAUGUUUGUGCAACACACAGAAGCAAUGCUGGAAGAGAUUGAUCGCAUGGAUGAGGUUGAAAUGGAAGAUGUUGAUGAAAUGGUUGAUAUAGAUCUCUGUGAUAAGAAAAAUCCACUUGCAGUGGUCGAAUACAUUGAUGAUUUAUACGCUUUCUAUAAGAAAGCAGAGAAAUCCUCAUGUGUCUCACCAAACUAUAUGACACAACAAUUUGACAUUAAUGAAAGGAUGAGAGGCAUCCUAAUUGACUGGUUGAUUGAGGUGCACUACAAGUUUGAAUUGAUGGAUGAGACAUUAUAUCUUACUGUCAAUCUCAUUGAUAGAUUUUUAGCGGUUCAUUCAGUAGCGAGAAAGAAACUUCAGCUUGUUGGGGUGACAGCCAUGCUUCUUGCAUGCAAAUAUGAAGAAGUAUCAGUUCCUGUUGUGGAAGAUCUAAUUCUGAUUUCUGAUAAGGCCUACAGCAGAAAAGAAGUGCUUCACAUGGAGAAGUUGAUGGUUAACGCUCUACAGUUUAAUCUAUCUGUUCCAACUCCAUAUGUGUUUAUGAGAAGGUUCCUCAAAGCUGCCCAAUCUGACAAGAAGCUUGAGCUUCUAUCAUUCUUCAUGAUCGAACUUUGCCUAGUUGAAUAUGACACGCUCAAGUUUCCACCAUCUCUGCUAGCUGCUGCUGCAAUUUACACUGCCCAGUGUGCUCUUGAUGGAACUAGACAAUGGAGCAAGACUAAUGAGUGUUAUACUAACUACUCAGAAGAGCAACUUCUGGAAUGUUCAAGGCUUAUGGUUACCUUCCAUCAGAAUGCCGCAACAGGGAAGCUUACAGGUGUACACAGGAAGUACAGUACAUCCAGAUUUGGCUAUGCUGCUAAAAGUGAGCCUGCUAACUUUCUACUGGCUAGAUUCUGAAGCGGGGGGGAAGUCAGAAGAUGAAAUUAACAUAAAGAAACUAACUUCUCGUUCAAGCAAAUUGGGGAUUGGAUUGGGGAUUGGGUGGGGUGUGACAUAGCAACUGAAGUUGCCCCUGGGAGAGGUGUCAUUUAUCCAUGAACAUAUAUUGAGCUUGUGACAUAGCAACUUAAGUUGCCCCUGGGAGAGGUGUCAUUUAUCCAUGAACAUAUAUUGAGCUUGUGACAUAGCAACUUAAGUUGCCCCUGGGAGAGGUGUCAUUUAUCCAUGAACAUAUUUUGAGCUUGUGUUUUAGUUCUUUGAUUUCCAUUUUCCUUUAUUAAAAUUAAAUUGUAUUUGAAGAUUGUGAUUGUGAACAUAGAAAAGAUGUUGUGCAGAGGGAAGAUGGGUUGUUUCUCUUUUCUCUAAGAAUAAAAUAAUCUUUAGCUUUUGAGAGUACA